GACGAAAAUACGAAGUAGACAAAUCAAUGAAAAUUGCAUUGAAGGUUCCGUUCCGUCUUAGCGGACAAGAACAAACCCCCAAAAUGAGAAAUGGAGAGGGAAGCAUUCUAGGAAUCCACAAAAUUCUCUUCUUGAUCUUUGCAUAUCAAUGGCUUCUCCAGGAAGAAAGCUCCUUCAUUCAGCCUCACCGAUGGAUUCUCCAGAUACCAAACGACGAAAAACCCUAACUCUGCCCUCUCCCUUUCCUUCUUCUUCUCGGCGUUGGAGAUACGACGUCUUCCCGAGCUUCCGUGGUCAAGAUGUCCGCAGCAGAUUUCUCUCCCACGUUCGCAAAGAGUUCUAUCGCAAAGGAAUCAUUACAUUCGACGAUAAUGGGAUGGAGAGAAGCGAAUCGAUCUCAAAUGUACUCGUACAAGCCAUCCAAGAAUCUCGGAUGGCGAUCGUCGUUCUCUCCGAGAACUACGCUUCUUCCAGCUGGUGCUUGAACGAGUUGCUCCAUAUCAUGAGCUGUAAGGAUUCCGCCGAACUGAAAGUGUUCCCCAUCUUCUACGAUGUGGAUCCAUCUGAUGUACGGAAACAGACAGGGGAAUUCGGAAGGGCUUUUGAAGCAACUUGUGUGGGUAAAUCGGAGGAGGAGAAGCGAAGAUGGAGUCAAGCUCUAACCGAUGUGGCCGGUCUUGCAGGAGAGCAUUCACUGAACUGGGAUGGGGAAGCAGCCAUGAUUGAAAAAAUUGCUUCUGUUGUUUUGAAAGUGCUGAAUCACACACCGUCAGGAGAUUUCGAUGACUUUGUCGGAAUGGGAUGUCAUAUGGAAAAUCUGAUGCAGCUGUUGUGUUUGAAAUCAGAUGAAGUGAGGUUUGUGGGGAUAUGGGGUCCUGCAGGCAUUGGUAAGACCACCAUUGCCAGAGCUUUGUUCCAGUUACUCUCUCCCAACUUUAGUCUUAGUUCUUUCCUAGAAAAUGUCAGGGGAAGCUUUGAGAGAGCUGGACGAUAUUCCUCACAAUUGCAACUUCAACAACUGCUUUUGUCGGAAAUCUUUGACACCAAGGAUAUAAAGAUACACCAUUUAGGAACAGUACGAGAAAGACUAAGGGAACAGAAUGUCUUUAUCGUUCUUGAUGAUGUGGAUGCGUUGGAACAAUUAGAAGCCUUGGCGGGCAACAUCGACUGGUUUGGUCCUGGAAGCAGGAUCAUUGCAACUACUCAAAAUAGGAAACUUCUUAAAGCCCAUAGGAUCAACCAUGUAUACGAAGUGCCUUUUCCAUCUAGUCCUGAAGCCCUUGAGAUCUUUUGUCGAUAUGCUUUCAGACAAAGCUCUCCACCUGAUGAUUUUCAUGACUUAUCUGUUUCAGUUACAACACUUGCCGGUGACCUCCCUCUAGCUCUUAGCAUAUUGGGUUCGUCUCUACGAGAAGAAAGCAAGGAAGAAUGGGAACUUGCUUUGCCAAGGCUCAGAUCUACUCUCGAUGGCGAAAUUGAGAAAACACUAAAAGUGGGGUUUGAUAGCUUAUCCCAUAAAGAUAGAUCUCUAUUUCUUCACAUCGCAUGCCUCUUCAACAACGAAGAGGUUGGUGUUCUAUCUCAACUGUUUGGGAAGAGUGAGUUGAACCUCGAAUUUGGCCUUAAAGUCCUAGAGGAGAGGUCUCUCAUACGUAUAGAUGAAAGGAGAGUUGUAAGGAUGCACUAUUUGCUUGAGGAAAUGGGUAAAGAGAUCAUCCGCGGAGAAUCAGAUGAUCCGGGGAGACGUCAAUUUGUAUGGGAUGCUGAGGAUGUUUACCAUGUGCUCUCCGAAAACACGGGUACUGAAAUUCUCUCAGGCAUAUCUUUAGACACAUGGGAAUUAACAAACGAGUUGUGCAUAAGUGACAACACCUUCCAAAGGAUGCCCAAUCUCAAGUUUCUAAGGUUCUCUAAGUCUAAGGGUGAUAAAGUGAAGCCGUUGAAUGUAUCAGAGGAAGGGUUGAGUUAUUUACCGAGUAAGCUUUCGUUGUUGGAGUGGAGAUAUUACCCUCUCAAGACAAUGCCUUGCAGGUUUCGUCCUCAGUGUCUAGUUAGACUCAAGAUGCGACGCAGUAAGCUUGAGAAGUUGUGGGACGGAAUACAACCGCUUCGCAGCCUCAGGCACAUGGACUUGAGUUGGUCUUACAGCCUCAAAGAAAUCCCCGACCUCUCUAAUGCCGUCAACCUCAAAUAUUUAUUACUUGGAGGUUGCAAAAGUUUGGUCAAACUUCCUGAUCUUUCAAAUGCCGUCAAUCUCGAAACUCUGAAUCUUGAUGGUUGCUCAAGUUUGGUCGAACUUUCGAAUUUUUCAAAUGCCGUCAAUCUCGAAACUCUAGAUCUUGGAGGUUGCUCAAGUUUGGUUGCGCUUUGUCAUCUUUCGAAUGCCAAGAAACUUCGCUACUUGUUUCUUCAGGGUUGCUCAAGUUUGGUCGAACUUCCUGAUCUUUCAAAUGCCGUCAAUGUCAAAAUUCUGAAUCUUCGUGGUUGCUCUAGUUUGGUAAAACUUCCUGAUCUUUCAAAUGCCGUCAGUCUCGAAGCUCUGGUUCUAAAGAGUUGUACAACUUUGGUGACAUUUGCCACAUCUCUACGGGAACUAAAUAAACCGGAGGGGAUGGACAUGGAGGAAUGCACAAAUCUCGAGAUUUCAAAAAACAUUUGGCCCCUCUCAGUUGGAGAAGUGCCUUCUUCGAUUCCACAAUGGACUUAUUGUCUUACCGGUGUUAGGAUGGAAUGCUGCCGAAACCUCAGGACAUUCCCAUGUUUUCCAGCCAAUUUGAAGCAGCUAUAUCUGAGCCACACCGGUAUAGAAGAAGUUCCUUCUUGGAUCCAUGAAAUCUCUUCCCUUCAAAUUCUAGACAUGUCUUCUUGUGAGGAGCUAAAAAUUAUCUCGCCGAAUGUUUGCCACUUGGAACACCUAAAGGAGCUGGAUUUCAGUCGAUGCAAGAGCGUUACCAGCUUUCCCGCAGAAAUCUUCUCAGCUAGAGGGCUACGCCUGGAAGACGUUCACCAUAAAAGUCUGCCAACGUGUCUACCUGAAAGGUGUUCAGCAUCGGUGGAAAAUCUAGAUUUGUCGGGUUGUGAUUUCGAGAGCAUUCCAGAUUACAUCAAACACCUCUCUCGGCUAGAGACCCUGCGGCUCGACGGCUGUGAAAAUCUCGUAUCACUGCCCGAGCUUCCAGAAUCGCUCCGUUCCCUAUAUACUUCUAACUGCAAGUCACUUGAGAGAGUAUAUGGCUCCUUCUCGAGACAGGGUGAAGUACUCGACUUCACCAAUUGCCUCAAACUAAGCAAAGAGGCACGAGAGGUCAUCCGACGAGCAGACUUUGGGGAGGUGAUACUCCCUGCAAGCGAAAUACCUAAAGAUUCUUCUCCUCUUCAGGCUACCUGAAGUUCGCUGACCAUCCUUCCAGCUGAUCAGAUCAUUGCUCCUGCUUCAUUUAGAUUCAAGGCCUAUAUCGUCGUAGUUGCCCCACAAUCUGUCGAAGACCCUUGUCCUCCACUCACAGUUGGAAUAUGUUGCCGUUUUACUGACAAAUACGGUGGAUGUAGGCAAUUUAAUUGGGAAGUCGAGAAUGGACUACAUUCCAUGAUUUAUAGAGUUUCACCAUUGAAGGAAGAGCAUCUCGUUGUCACCAAACUACGGCAGUAACUAAGAAGCAACGUCUUGAGAUUCGUCAACUUUGAAAGGUCGGGAAUUUCUUUCAGAUUAUAAGAGCGUCUCAAGUUCAUGCGCUUGAGAUUUCCGAUAGGAUGAAACAAAGACAAAACAUGUGAAAUCUGUAAUGAUACAAAAUUGACAGAAAGAAACAGAUAUUAUCAUCAA